GAGUUUUGUUUUUUAAUGGCUGAGAUUUCAAAAGAUAGAUCUCCUUUGAUAUUUUUCUUGCCUGAAAAGGAAGAAAACUCUUCGAAGAAACCCGUGAGUCUCCUGCAAGCUGAGGUGUCGGCCUUGGAGGUGUACACACCGAAAGAGAUCUUCGUGACCAACGGGACGCAGGGGAAGCUGACAUGCACGUUCAGGUCCAGCAGCACGACGAGCAAGCUGACCUCCGUCUCCUGGAGCUUCCAGCCCGAGGGAUCGGACGCCACCGUGUCGUUUUUCCACUACUCCCAAGGGCAAGUGUACCUUGGGAAUUACCCACCAUUUAAGGACAGAAUCAGCUGGGCUGGGGACCUGGACAAGAAAGAUGCAUCAAUCAACAUAGAGAAUAUGCAGUCUAUACACAACGGCACCUACAUCUGUGAUGUCAAAAACCCUCCCGACAUUGUGGUCUGGCCUGGACACAUCAGGCUCUAUGUGGUGGGCAAAGAUCAUCUGCCCAUGGUGGUGGGUAUAGUGUCUGCGGUGGUCCUAGGCAUCAUUCUGUUCGUCAGCGUGAUCCUGGCCGUGCUCUAUCGACGGAAAAACGCUAAACAGGAUUACGCUGGUCCCAUCACCUGCAGUGCAUCAGAGAGUUUGUCACCCAGUAAGGAGGCUCCACAGACGUCCCGCUCCGACACAGAGGGUCUAGUAAAGAGUCCUCCUUCCGGAUCGCACCAGACUACAAGCCUAUUGCUUGGUGCCACCCAAACCCAGGUCAGUUUUUCCCCUUCAGCGCGUCCAUCAUCCACACUCAGAAUUAUGUGGCUCAAUCAGCGGACUACUCCAGCAUCACAUACCCAUGAUCUAGUCACUUCCAAAGGCCCCACCGAUGAGUGCAUGAGGUUUUGCAGGGACAUCUAAAUACAAGCCUCAACAACCCACCUCCAGCAGUAUGAUUGUUUUUGUGGUACCAAGGGGCUUUGCACUGAGCUGCAUUCCCAGUCUUCUUUUUAGUUUCUAUUUUGAGAUGGUCACGCUAAGCUGCCCAAACUGGCUUUGAAAUUGCAAUCCUCCUGCCUCGGCCACCUAAGUGCUGGUAUCAGGUGUGCAUCCCUGCACCUGGCAGUUUUUAUGUGGUAGUAAAGGAGGUGUUACAGGUAGAACUCCGAGUUAAUCGGUCACUACUGACAACUAAAAGACAUGCCAUGCAGUUUGUUUCUUGUGAUAGUUUCAGUCAUUAAGGCCUACCUGUAUAGUACAUAGUUGGGUGAAAAUACAGCCAAAAAGAAUUUUCACUUAAUUUCUGUAAUUUUUUGGGGGAUUUAAAAAAAAAAAAGGAUGAGGAAUGUGAAUGCAAGGAUGUACAAUUAAAACAGCCAAGUUAGUGUGGGUUUUGUCGCCAUUGCUCCCUUCUUUCUUUGUCUUUACAAAUCGCAUGUGGUGGCAAUGGCAGGUUCGUUUCUGAGCUGGCCCUGUUUCCUCUGGUCCCCCUGCAGUCCUGAGCAGCCAGUGGCUGUCCAAGUCGCCGUCCUGUGGCAUGUUCCACAGAGACCAGGUCACCUGCAGCACCAGGCUUCGGUGAGCUCCUCCAAUCUGUGAUUGGCCCACAUCAUCCGGUUCCCGCGGACCCAUUCUCUCAGCCAAUCCUUCAUCCGGCCCUUAGCUCUUGCCAGUUCACAAAGUCCCUAACGUGAGACCUUAUUACUUUCUAAGGGGAAAGGAAUGGGAAUCACAUGAAACAGUGGCAAACAACUGGAAGAAAACCACAUCCCUUGUUUCCCUGGUCACUUUCAGCAGCCUGCUGCGUUCUCUUGCCAUGGAAGACAGUCUUGUCUCCCCCAAGUGGACUCACUGGUAUAGUAAUGCUGGCUGGCUGGUGCACAUGCGUUCUGUAUUGUUUUUCUUCUUUGCUUUGUUCAUUUUCCCUUUGCACGGUGUUUCCGUUCUCUAUUGCUGUGUAAAAUCACCCUAAAACAAAGUGGCUUGAAUCCACCAUUUCUGUCUUUGGCUGCCCAUCUGCAGAGUGGCCAGCGGGCCUUUCAUCUGGCUCACUGGGUGCAUCUGCCCUUGCUCAGAAGGUUGAGUGGGUGCUGCACAGUCGGCGGUGCUCUUCCCCAGAGCUGACGGCUGGGCCCAGUAUUUCUCAUUGGCCAGCGCUGUGGCGUGGCUUCUUCACAGGUGGUGGUGGCCAUGUGGGUCCCAAGAUCAACAAGAGAUGACUGGACCGAUCUGCAAAGCCUACUGAGGUCACCGUUGCAGUGUCAUUCUGUCUCCUUCUGUUGGUCAGAGUAGGUCCCAAGACUGGCCCAGAGUCAAAGAGCAGAGAAAUCCAUUCUUCCCCUGGACAGAAAGAUGAUUCAUGGCAUUAUAUUGCAAAGGCUGCCUUUGCAGUCAGAAAAGCAUUGUCAGUCCUUGAGGGUCUUGAGAGAUUGUGGUGUGGGACUUUAUUAAUAAUCUAGGAGGCUAUAUAUCUUAAUCUUCAGAAGUCUAUCCUGUUAACUUCUUUGUUUGCUUUUUUAUUGCCAUUUCCUUUUGUUACCUUGAGGCUUUCUGGGAUGAAUCAGGAGGGUCUCUGUAUGAUUCAGGAUGAACGAUGCGAGCUGCUGAUUUUACCCACAGUGGACCUUGGGGAGAAUAUCUGCACACGGAACACCAUGCCUGGAGUUUGACAUUUUGGUUUCCUUGCUCAGUUACUUCAUUUUAAAGUGUAUUUGUGUAUAUGUUGAUAGUAAUAUUAAUGCGUAUUAAAUGCUAACUAGUUAUAUAUGAUUGUCCUCUUAUUUACAUCUCAGAGCAAUGAAAGGUCUAGGUACUGUUAUUAAUGCCAUUUUAGAGAUGAAGAAGCUGAUGUUUAAAGGUUCAAGAUAUACUUGAGGCCACGUGGCAGGUGCUGUGCUGUCCCAGUGAAGAAUUUCAACGUGUGCGUGGGCGCUGCUCUGCCCCAGCUCAGAUGCGCCUGGUUAUUCUGUAACUCCGCUGGGGCUGUCCCUCCUCGGGAAGUCGGGGUGCCUGCAUGCCAUGGGCUCGCAGCUCACACACUGAAGGAUGUGGGGUGCAUGCGUUGCUUUUGGCUGCUGAGUUUAUGACUUGAAAGUUGAGAGCUUAAGUACGUCAUUGGAUUUUUCAGCAACAGAUCCCUGGGUUGGAAGAGAGGUUGUCAACUUUGGUGUAUAUUAAAUUUCUUUUUUAAAACCAAGGUUGUUCUAUUGUUAUUUUUGUUUAGUUGGAAGGGACUGAACCUGCCUGACGUUUGAGCCCAUGGCCUCUGCCCAGGCCUCUUUGCCCGAGUCAGGUCCUGGCUCUGCCCAGCAGCGCAGGUGUCCCUGGAGUCAGGGGUUGGCCCUGACAGCUCUCUGGGACAUUAGCUUCUUCUUUACUGCCAGGAGGAUGCUUGGGGUGUAGCUCAGUGACAGAGCUCCACGCCCUAGGGCUCAAUUUCCCGACACCAAACAGAACAGGAAAAAAAAUUCAAAAAGAAACCAAAUUGAUUCCAUCUUUACUCAGUGUGCUAGGUUUUAUGUGGAUUAUUCAUGGUCUUCAGUGGGUUCCACAUCGAUAGAAAUAUUCAUCUUGGUCUCAGAGAGCUCUGAUUCAGUGCAAAGAUCGAAGAGUUCUGCAGUAGAUAUUUAAAAAUGGGACAUUUCUAAGAAGGAAGAGUAUAUUCGUACAGACGUUUUCUUUCUUUUUUUUUUAAUUAUUAAUUUUAUCGGUACAUCUUAGAUAAACAAUAUAAUGGCUUUCGUCACUGGGAAUUUGCGCCUUUCUAUCUUGGUUCUUAUUUGUUUCCCAUUCCCCUGCCCACCCUUCAACCACUAGAAAUUUUCAGUAGUAUAGAGAAUGAUGUAGCAGAUCCAGCUUUAACAAUUUCCAGGGUAUGGCUGACUGUGUUUUAAAGCCCACCCUGGAAGUACUGUUCAGCAGCGGGGAGUCUGCUUUGGAACCAUGGUGUUGCUAUUUUAAGGAUUGCUUCCACUCCUGUUCCUGCAGGCACCGUCAGCUUUUCCAAACCUCUAAUUCUGCGUCUCCU